GGUAAACAUUUGAAUUUGUGACAUCGUUCGCACGCGAAACGCAACGUAUUUCGCCGUUACUUACUGCCGGCCGGGUGAUCUGGGGAUGAUCCUCGUCGUCGUAGGCACGGUAUUUCUCGUUCGAUCGUCGACGUGCGGUGGACAGAGAGGCGGAACCGAGGUUGGCGCUUAGCAUCCCAACGUAAACGUUGAGAGAGUGUCACGUACGAAUUUUGUCAAUUGUCACGAGACACAUUUAUCCGAUGCCUUCUCAUGACAAACGCACGUUGCAAGUUUUGCAGCAGACUUAUGAUGAACUGCAGCGUUAUUACACUCUGUUGCGGCUGAUCAGGGCCGAUCUCGAGAGAAUAGCGAAGAACUUCUCCGCGAUAGACGGAGCAUAGGAGUUAAUUCUAGGACAGACACAUAGACCACUUAGCAGUAUAUAAACAAGAAGAAAGUAAAAAAAAAUCUUUUAAAAAUGGAUUCUCGAAAGUCUUUGGUACAUAAGAGGUUGGAAACUCUACAGAAUUCGCCGACUUCUUCAUCGCUGUUGCGAAGAAAGUCCAUUCAAACCCCAGGCUUAAAUGCCACCCUUUCGGAAAACGACGAUGAGGCGGAACGUAUCGCUCGUCGACGUGAGAUGCUUAUUACGUCGACAACGCCGCCUAGUACAAGCAGCAAAAGAUUCUCCCUAGGCCUGGGAUUCUUAGCGGAUAUUCCAGCGCCCCAGAUGGCCGAGAGCAUAAAUCAAUGCAUAAAACUGAGCGCCGAGAACAAGAUCAAUGCCAAGAAUGCAUUUAGCUUGGAGAUGAUCGACUUUAUGACGUAUAUGAUAAAGAAGCAAGAUGCCAAUAUGUCGAAUCUGCAAGUGGCCAGCACAUCCCUGGACGUGAGCACCAAGAUCUACGGAUAUCGUGUGGACAGCGUGCACAUGGAGAUACUCAAAAUGGUCGGUGGACUGGUGAUAGACAAUGCGGAGAAAAGCACGGAGGAGGAGGGAGAAGCUAUGCUGGACGAUGCGGGGGCAAAUGUCGAGGUGCAGAAAAAAAAGAAGAAGAAAGCGAAGCAAAAGAUCUUCAGCACCGUGGAAGCUCUGAGAGGCAACGUCGAGAUCGCGAAGCCUAUCUCGGCGAUGAUAGGCGAGACAGAUCUGCAGACCAGCGACAUGCUGUACCAAGCGACGCUGCCGAACCACGCAAAUUCCGGCUUCUAUCUACAUCCGUACAACGACGUGCUCGUCGACGUCAUAGAGGAUACGCCCGAGUCGCGAGGUAACGCGAAUGCGAAGUACGCCAUACCGGCGAUCGAGGACUUCUUGGAUUUAGAGAUAUGCGCGUCGUAUUCGAACUUCGAGUUUCUCAAUUGGUCCGUGAAUAACGAGCCGGAAGAGAUGUCCGAAGAAGAAGCCGAGCCUGAUGAGAAUGACAACGGAUUCCAAUUCGAUUUGGACGCGAGCGUGGAACACGACGAUGAGCCGGCGCCCGAGCCUAUGAAUUAUUUCGACAUCGAACACGACGACGACAACCACGAGAACAACGUUCAGGCAUGUUAUCGGAAGACAGCGGAUCGUACAGACGUGAAUGUCGUGGACGUACCCAACGUCCGGAUGUCCGAGUACUCCUUCGUUCAACCUAACAUGAAGUUGCACUGGGCCGGCCCGUCUCAUUGGAAGUUUUGGAAUUUCGGUAGAUCUUUCACUGCCACCGAGGGUGGCUCCAAGGUGGUAGCGGCUUGCAUGCAGGCUAAACUGCGAAAGAGAAAACAGUUCGAGAUGCUGUACGACGAGGCACGCGAUACCAUAGACGCAAAGUUUGCCUCGAGCCAGUCCAUUAGGUUGCACGCCAAGACCGCAAAAGCAGAAUGGAGCGCCGAGAGCUUGUCGCUACCGGAAGAUGUGCAUUACGACAUCGCACAAACGAGAAAGCUCUACCUGUACCCGAAAGUAUUUAUAAAGCCGGCGAGCAGCGGGGAUAAAGAGAACGGGGAUGCGGCGACCGCUGCGGACGUGUUCGACGGCGAGAGAUACGAUUAUAACAAUCCAAACGACACGCAGGAGUACUGUCCCAAUGUUGAACACGAUGACGACUAUGAUGAUUACGGAAGUAGGGAUGGCAAUGACGAUUGCAACUUUAGCGAUACAGCCGCCGUGUUGGGCAGCCAGGGUCUCAUCGGCGACAAUCUGGUCGCCGCGCCAAAGCUGGUUAAUAAGAUACCUAUCGCGUAUUGCUUGAAGGCGAAGAAAAUCGACAUGCGACAAUUGAAGAAAUCCAUAUGGAGUUGCCUGAGGUCAACGACUGACAACGCAAUGGCGGCGAAUGCGCAGGAGACGGUGGACGAGGCCGAUACGAUGAAGGAGAGCAAGCAAUUCAGCGACAUAUACAAGGCGCUGCCGAAAUUGCUGACGAAAAGCAACGCCGAGGCAUUGAGUGUGCCGAUCUCCUUUAUAUCCAUGCUACAUCUGGCGAACGAGAAAGGAUUGAAGGUUCGUUCGGUACCCGACAUGUCUGACCUUAUCAUCGAGCCUGGGGAAUCGUUAACGUGAGAAGACUUCGUCUGUGUAUGUACAUAUUCAAGCAGACAUAUGGCAACCCCGUUGUUCGGAGUGUAAUAUUUGUCUGUGGGAGAUUGUACAUUAAACGUUUUAUGUGUAAAACAUAUUGAUAUUUUUCUAAAAAGUAGACGUAAUAAAAAAUUGCGUUGCAAAUUUAUUUACUUUCGUUAGGAUAUAUUUAUACGACAUAUAAUUUCAAUAAGGAGUAUUUGAAUCGAAGAUAGGAAGAAUAUUUACGUUGUAAUUGUUGCGGGUGUCGACAAACGAAAGGACAACGAGUUAACGAUCUUUUGCGAAAACUCGGCGGCAGCGAUCGUAUCGGAAAUUAAAUAAAUCUAAUUCGGUGUCAAUAGAUUACGAUAAAUGUACAAACGUUUACCGUAUAUGCCGUAUACUUAUCCGCUUGAAAUCUUAUCUCACGAAGACGUUUCGCUGUCCGACUUUCGCGUUGUCCUCAUCGACGGUCGAUUUGCUAGAUUCAAAUUACCUGGAAUUUUUAUAUAAAAUAAUUAUAAAUGAAUAGACUAUUGGAAGUUGUUGCAAGAAUGUUUACGAUAUUUUUUUAAAUAAGAUGAUAAUAUUUAGCGUGAUAUAUCAUACGAUGUAAUACGUGUAUAUACACGUGUAUAUUUUUUCAUACAAAGAAUAAAGUAUCU